CGUCUAGCCACCACCCUCCUGACUGAAGCCGUCAAAAGACAGUUUCUGUUUCCAUCACGAUCUAAAACCAAUACAUUUGACAGUUUUCUAUCGAUGAAGGCGGACAGGUGAUCGAAGAGUGUGGGAAACACUAACCAGCUACGUUCACAAGAAUGAAAUCACACUGCGAUAUGUCUAUCAAGAACAUGGUGAAGAACAACAAAGUCAGGCCUCGCGAACGAGAUGUGACUCAGGAAGAGAUGCAGUCGUUGCUAGCCAAGUUAAAGGAGCUGGUACCCAAUAUGCCAAAGAAUAAGAAACUGUCUAAGCUGGAAAUCAUCCAGUAUGUGAUCGACUACAUCGCCGAUCUUCAGAUUGCUCUGGAAACACAUCCUGUUACAAGACCAUCUGUUUCGAACAGCAGCCCGGGUCGACAACCAUUGGGAAUAUUAUCGCCUUCUACGAACAGCGUUGUCAACACCUGUGCAGCUCAAGAGGCUAGUCAGACAGAGAAGAUACCGAGCCGUCUCGGAGAUAUGGUAGUAAGCACGCCAAGACCGGUAUCUUGUUAGAAAAUCACCUUUUUCGAAUCUCCACCGCCGUUCGGUGUCCACUGGAAUGUCCAUUUAUAAGGAUAAAUCCAUCUGAACUAGUCUCCUAUAGACAUUUUUUAAGAGCCACGUAAAGGCUCGACGUCACUUUAGGCUUGUUCACUACUUACUGUGUUCAAAAUAUUCACUUUUUGAAGAUCUCGUAAACACUAUUGGUGCGCACGGCAUACGAAAACGAAAAAAAUACACAUAUAUAUAUAUAUAUAUGAGAAAAAAAAAUUAAUGCUCCUGCGUUGAAAAAAGUGUUUUUAAUUCGCAGUACCUGAGUUUUAUGUAAAUCUCCCACUUGUGGUAGAUGAACGUGCAAAGCAAGCAAUGAACGCUAAUCUGUGAUUGUGUGUUGUAAAAAAAUACAUUUGUAAUUUGUAUAUUAUUUUUCUUGUACAUUUUGUAUCUAUAUAUAUACAUAUAUAUAUAUACUUGUGGUUGGUGAUAGCUGUCUCCCCACCCGUUUAAUUGUCACAACAGAAAGUUGCAUAUAAAAAAUUUGUGGAGAGUAUUGUGAUAGUAAAUAUUGUACCUGCAACAUCAGGUUUUUUGUACAGAAAUAUCUCUGUUUAUAAAAAAAAAAUUAAAAGCAGAGUAUAUUAAAGUAAUCUAUAUGGAUGAA